CGUGGGACUUCCGGAAACAGGGGACAACUUUGCAGCAUUGAUUUCUGCAGUGACAGUUGUUAUGAAAGCAGAACCAGUCCGCUGGUCCCCGUCAAGUUCAGACAGAUAAACAUGCCAGAGAAAAGUCACACGACAUGAUCCAACACGCGUCCCGGGCGCUCAGGCGCGCCGUUUCUGCAGGAAUGAGACGCCUCUCUGUCGGAGAAAUGACAGCUGAUGAUCCUGAUGAUCCGGCUGCUUCUCCACAGCUCACACAGCAGGCGUCUCUUUAUGUUCAUUGGCCGUAUUGUCUCAAGAGGUGCUCCUACUGUAAUUUUAACAAGUAUAUACCUAAAGGGAACAAUGAUGACAUCAUGACUGAGUGCCUUCAGAGGGAAACUGAGACGUUGCUGCAGCUCAGUCAAGUAUCCUGUAUCACCUCAGUGUUUUUUGGUGGUGGGACUCCAAGCCUGGCCCACCCCUCCACCAUUGCUGCGGUCCUGGAAACUGUCUCCAAGCAGGCGACUCUAUCAGAUCAGGCUGAAGUCACACUCGAGGUCAACCCUACUCCUGUGGGAAUGUCAAAGCUGGAGGACUAUCGCCAUGCUGGGGUGAACCGUUUUUCCAUCGGGGUGCAGUCUUUGCAGGAUGACGACUUGAAAAGUCUGGGAAGAGACCACAGUUCUCUGGAAGCUUUGAAGACCCUUGAGGAGGCCAGGAGGCUGUGCCCCGGGAGGGUGUCGGUAGAUGUCAUGUUUGGACGGCCCAAACAGACGCUUCAGUCCUGGGAACAAGAGUUGUCUGAGAUGCUGAGGGUGUGUGACGACCAUGUGUCUCUGUAUCAGCUGACCCUCGAGAGAGGCACCCAGCUGUUUAAACAAGUGGAAAGUGGACAAGUGACCAUGCCAUCUGAGGAAGCAACAGCAGAGAUGUACUAUAUUGCCAGGAAGACUCUCCACCAGCAUGGCUUUCUGCAGUACGAGGUGUCUAAUUUUGCAAGACACAAUUCAGUGAGCCAUCACAACUUGAACUACUGGAAAGGAAAACAGUACAUUGGUGUUGGCCCAGGAGCACACGGACGGUUCGUUCCUCUCACGGAGGGGGUUGUUGUUCGCGAGGCCCGGACACAGACUCUGGAGCCUGACGUGUGGAUCCGUGAAGUCCAGCAGAGGGGUCAUGGCACGCGGAGGCGGAUUCCACUGAGCCAUCUUGACUUAUUGGAGGAGGUGUUGGUGAUGGGAAUGAGAAUGACUGAGGGCAUUAAUCACAAGCACUGGGACUUAUUCAGUCCUCAGAUGGAUCUCUAUAAAAUCUUUGGUGCAUCUAUCGACGUCCAAGAGCUUCUGCAAAGUGGACAGCUUAUUCUUGAUAACAGGGGUAUGAGGUGUUCCUGGGAUGGCCUGGCCCUACUGGACAGCAUACUUCCAGCUCUGCUGGUGGAGCUGGAAAAGCAAAUCCUCCAAAAGCCACACAUGAUUCACUCAUUGUGGACUGGUGAACAUACGGAGAUCUCCAACCCUCUGUGACAGUUUAAGAGAAGAUUAAUUUAUAGACACCUUAUUUCCUUGUCGUUGACAAUAUAUGACUUUUUUUUAAAUAAAAACACAUUGUAUGUACUUGAAUGAAGUAUUCACUACAUAAAUGGUAUUGUAUCCUCUCAGCUAAGUGUGAAGUGGGGCUGUUGCUUUUUAUCUGUAUUAAUAAACCACCACACUGUCGGGAAAAAAGUUAUUGUCUUAUCCACUUACAUAAACUAAAUCAACACACCAUGGGCUUUACUUUAAUCAUCUGCUGUUUUGGAUGAGAAAUGAAUGAGAUUCAGGAAAUUAGGUUCUAAUGUCAUUUACACAGUUCAAAUGAAGUUAGGCAGAAAAAGAUUUCUCAUCAAGUCAU